AUGCCUGCUUCUCAAGAAACUAUGCCUCCCCAGAUUGCCAAUCUGUUGGGAAGCCAGGAUGUUGCGCCUGUUCAAAGGCAGGAACAACAACAAUCUGGCCUCCCAUCUGGUCGGGAUCUUGGUCUGAGUCAACAACGACAGGGAUCGCAUGAUUCUGCCUCCAACCAGCCGCAACACAUGUCAAUUGGUUUUGCAGCAACAGGAGAAGUGCCGAACACGAGUGUCAAUGCAGCGACUGUUCAACAAGGCCAGACAGGGAUGAAUCCCUUUCCUCCACCAUUGGACAAAACCCGCUUUGAGCAAGCAUUUAGAGCUUAUUGCGUCAAAAAGAACUUGAAUGUCAACAUACGCAAGCUACAAAUUGACAAUAGGCCAGUUGACCUUUAUCGGCUCCACAGGAACGUGAUGCUUGAAUUCGGUGUCAGUAAGAUUUUCCUCAAGGUGGAACAGAAAGCGCUUUGGGACGUUAUUGGAGGGCGUAUGGGAUUUGUUCAGUUUUAUGGAACUGAAACGGAACCAGCAAAAUCUGGACCUGGAGUCGCACAGCAACUUGCCCACAUUUAUAAAGAGCUCCUAGCCGCUUUUGACCACUACUACAUAAGCGCAGUGGCUGAGGCACAGCUGAAGGCGCAGGCGCAGACACCUAGGAAUCCUUUGCAGAUGUCGCCUCAGCUGAUGCAAAGUGUUCUUACUUAUGCUCACAUGUCAGUCUCUGAAUUGCAUCAACGUGGGGUUCUGGAGAAAAUUAUCACAUUUGUGGAAGCAAAUCGAGCCAAUUUGCAGCGGACUUAUGCUGAUCAGAAAUCUUUCCAAAGCCGGUUCCGCCUAACAAACCAGACACGUCUAUCCAGCACAGUGAUUCUCUACUCUAGGCUCUGCCUACUGUUUAUCAUAAACAUGCUCUUAUCACUUCUCAUUUGA